AUGGCGCAAACAGUAUCGCCCAAUGAAGCCGGCGGUGCCUGGAAUCCAGCUUCACUGCCAGAAAAUAGCAUACACGAGGCUGCGGCGAAUCGAACCGAUACCACUUCCUCCGAUAUCUCGAUCGCAAACACAGCGCAAGAAACUAUCAACCCAGAGGUGAAAUCGCCUCUCAGUGACGAUGAUUUUUCAGCCUGGGAUAUGCCAGAGGAUACACCAGCUGUCCAGCCGGAGCCUGCAUCCUUAGACUCUGUUUUGGCAGAUGAGCCCCUAACACCCGAAGAGACAAGCGAGGAUUCUCAUGACAACGGUGCGAUGGUUUUAGACCAGGCCCACACGGAUCCUUCCAGCCUGACUGCGACUCAAAGUGACCCUCUCGAACUUCCGAUCAGUCCUGUUGCGCCUGGGCAACCGGAGCCUAGUAAAUCCGAGCUCUCAGCAGCCGCCGAGGCCGCACAAGUAGAGAGCGCAGAGCCUAGUGCGAUGUUUGCAUCUAAUGACGAUUCUACUGAUUUCUCGGCGCUGUUGACAGCAGAUAAGGAAAUCGAAGACGCUCUUGAGGAUCCACGAGAACCUGAUCUGGAAACCGCUAGUGAAAAUUUGGCUGUUGAACAUACUAUUCCAGUCGAGGCUCCUCUACCUGAAACCACUGAGCCGGAUACAAUCUUCCCGUCGAAUGAAGACUCUGUUGACUUCUCUGAUCUCUUGACAAAGGACCCGGAAGUUGAGAAUUCUCUUGAUCGAGAAAGAGAGAUUGGUCUUGAGUCGGUCAUUGAAGUUGCGCCCGUUGAACAUAUUCCCAUGGAGGCUUCUAUUCUUGAGAUUUCUGAAACGGAUUCGAUCUUUAAAUCUACAGAGGACCCUGUUGACUUUUCGGAGCUAUUAGCCAAAGAUCGAGAAGAUGAGGAACUUCCCAAUCAGCCACUAGAGGCUGAUGUGGAAGCCAGCAGUGAAACUCUUGCUAUUGAGAGUAUGCCUAUACAGUCCCCUCCGGUAGAAUCCCAGCACUCGGAGGAAUCCCCGGCUGAACAUCUGACAUUGGGAUCACUUCCAGGGGAGUCUUCGUCGAUAACAGCAGUGUUUGAGUCGAGUGGAGAAUCGGACGAUUUUUCUGCUUUGCUAUCUGCAAAUGCCGAAUCACCACCUGCCCCGCCAAGCGCUAAUCUUCCCGAUGUACUUUCUGCGCCUAUCGGAAAUGAACAGCCGACAGAUGAUACCACGGUAGAGUCAUGGCCCGUAGCGCCGGCUAAUGAGGAACAACAGUUCCCCGUCGAAGAAGAUAACAACCCCUCAAAUGGACAGGUCGCUGAGGAGUCACUGCAAUUUCCAACGGAGCCAGCGUUUGAGGCACCCGUGGCGAGUCACAUCACUUUGGAUGAAACUCCCGUCUGGGGCAACCAGGCCAGCCAAGAAUUGGAUUCCGAUGGAGAUGAUUUUUUCAAUCAACUCAAAACUCAGACCAAACCCAUCUUUGCACCGGAGGCGGAAUCGAGAUUUGAAGAGGGCGUCCCCUUGCUGGAUGAGAACAGUUCCCCUUCUCCCGAAAUCACCGUGCAAGACGACCAUGCGGUGACCGACCUGUUUGCUAAUGGCAAUGAUGACACCGAAGAUUUCUUCAGCGCCGUUAAGCAGUCGGAAACCAACGAAGAACCUCCCCAUCUCACCCGUAAAAGCACAACCCAGGUCAUGAAGUCAGUUGGGUUUGAUAUCGACUCCCCGACAAGCGAUAUUUCGGCAGCGGCCCAAUUUGAAGAUGCAAUCAAAGCCACCUCCUCCGAAUCUCUUGGAUCUCAACCGCCAACCAGUGUGCCCGCGCCUCCAGAAGAUGAUUUAGCCGCACGGUGGGAGGCAGAGCUGAGCGAUGCAGAAGAAGAUGACCUUGCUGCUCGGUGGGAAGCCGCGCUGGAUCUGGAUGAUGAUAUGGAAGAUGAUCUCAAGGAGGUUUCACAGCAUGUCCCUCAAAGCCCAAUGAUCGCCAUGGGCUUGAAUAGUCCAUUUGAGACCCCUCAACAGCGGCAAACCCCACCAAGGCCAAUCCCCGGUGUUUACGUACCUCAUCAACCGUCUACGGCAGAUUUGGUUGGAGGGGUGGAUUUCCCAGGUGCUCCCCCCGGAAGUAGCAGUAUUCCGCCAUACUACACCCAGCAGCCGCCGAACCCAGUCACUACCCGGGGUGAAAGCUUUGCUGAGCGUUCGAAAGAAGGUUAUAAGUCACCUUACGAUCUUCCUGACGAUUUAUCUUCUGGGCCUCGGCGGCCUGUUCUCACUCAUAAGCCUACACCUCCGAAGGUGGACAACAGCAUGCCGCCACCACCACCUCCUGGGAGCAAUUUUGACCAGCAGGCUACACCCCAUGCUGCUCCUCCACCUGCGCCAAAGAACUUCUUCGAGGAACUUCCAUUGCCUCCCCCGCGGUCUAGACCGGCGAGCUCAGGACGGUACACUCCAGGGCCAAGUGGUCCCACGAUGAAUCCCCCAUCGGUUGGUCCGCCACCUCAGAGUCCAUAUGCAUCUUUACCGGUCCCUGCGCCCGUCUCUGCUCCGGGGACUUCCGCUGGCGCUCUUCCUCUUCCCUCUCCGCUCCAGCCGCCAGAACUUUUGGACCCGUACGGCCCGAGUGGGAUGUUAGCAUCGAGUGCCCCAGCUGGUCCUCCUGCUGCCUCUAGGUAUUCCCCAAUGCCUCCCACUCUACAACCUUCGGGCAACAAGCCUCCUUCGGUUGCAAGAUAUUCACCCGCGCCUCCUGCUUCAACAUCUGCUGGUCGUAACCGCUAUGCCUCUCAGCCCCUUGGUGUUCCCGGCCAGGGCGCCAACUUGCCUUUCCAACCCCGCACAUCGAGCCCUCUAGCGUACCACGAAAAAGUUUCAUAUCAACCCGACGGUGCUCUACAGCAGCAGCCGCCUUUGCAGCCUCCUUCUCUCCAGCCUUCUGUUGAUCUUUCUCCUCCCCGGCAGCGUUCGAGUAUUGACCAUGGGUCACCAUAUGCACCACAGUUGCCGCAGGGAUCAGGGUAUGGCAUUAAUCAGGCAGCAGGGAGCCCACCAGCUGGCGCGCAACAGAAGGCUCGCUACGCCCCGCAAGAGUACAUGAACCAGUUCACUCAGCGCAUGGCGCCAAACGGCACCUACGCCCCUGUUCCUCCCGUGGCAGAUGUCCAGCCCGCUUUCCAACCGACCGAACCUGCAGUCUUGUCUCCUCGCAGAUCUCAGAGUCAAUCUCCUGGUCAGCAAUUGACAAGCCCACGAGCAUUUGUGCCGCCCCUUGACACUCUUCCCCGUCCUGCUUCGGUACACGGUUCAAGCUCCCCAACCAAGACGGUGAAUCCUUAUGCACCUCAGCAAGCUGCAAGCCGUGCUCGCGCUGCUUCUCGAGCUUCUCAGCAGCUUGAAUUUAUUGCGCCGACUGAUGGUCAAGAGCAGGAUCCUCUUCAACGUUGGAAGGGCGCUCCCAUAUUCAAGUUCGGAUUCGGUGGAGCUGUGGUCUCGUGCUUCCCCAAGCACAUUCCUCGCUACUCCGCUGGUGUUCCAGUACCAAUGAUUAAGCCUACCCUCGGUGAACCGAGAUAUUCCCAGCUUGAUGCAUGGUUACCGACUGGUGAUACUAUUGUGCCUCACCCUGGCCCUCUUAAGGCUAAAUCGAAGAAGAAAGACGUCUUGACCUGGCUCUCUAGCAAGAUUGCAGCCUUUGAAAACGAGGAAGUACCUAACGAUUACAACCCGCAUAAUCCCGAUAUCCAGAAACGUCGUGAAGAGAAGAUUCUGCUUUGGAAGAUCACAAAGAUCUUGGUCGAAAAUGAUGGAACCUUUGAAGGAUCACCCGAAAUCCAAAAGUCUCUCCGCAAUGCCAUUUUCCCGAACCUUGCGGACGCUCAGGCCGAAGCCUCAUAUGGGAACUCGCUUCCGAUUGGUGGGCCCCUGAACCUUCCGUCUCGGCCAGAUGCUGUUGACGCGCAGUGGAGUGAGGAGCUCCGAACUCAUCUGCUUCUCGGUGAGCGAGAGAAGGCUGUUUGGGCGGCAGUUGAUCGGCGCCUUUGGGGCCACGCAAUGGUCAUCGCUUCUACAAUGGAUAAAUCCAUCUGGAAGCAGGUUGUCCAAGAAUUUGUGCGACGUGAAGUCCGGGCCACGGGAGGCAAUACUGAGUCAAUCGCUGCCCUUUACGAAAUAUUUGCUGGAAAUGUUGAGGAAAGUAUCGAUGAGCUCGUUCCACCGUCUGCACGGGCUGGGCAUCAAUUGAUCAGCAAAGCAGAUGGCCAGGGCGCCUCCAGGAACGCACUUGAUGGGCUGGAGAGCUGGAGAGAUACCCUGGGCUUGGUAUUAAGCAAUCGCAGCUCUGAUGACAACCAAGCUUUGCUAGCUCUUGGCAACCUGCUGGCCUCCUACGGCCGCAUCGAGGCUGCGCACAUUUGCUUCAUCUUCUCUCGAGGUGCUGUCUUUGGGGGGGCCGAUGAUCCGCAGACUAACAUUGUUCUCCUCGGUGCUGAUCACCAGCGCCUCCCUUGUUCCUUGUUGAAUGACGAUUCUAUUCUCUUGACUGAGAUCUAUGAAUUUGCUACAUCUGUCCUAGGCAAUUCGCCGGUAGCUACCUUGCCGCACUUGCUCGCAUUCAAGCUUAUGCAUGCCAAGUACCUCGCCGACCGGGGCCGCAAGACAGAUGCACAGAGCUAUUGCGAUGCAUUGGCUACGUCUCUCAAGUCAACUACCCGCCCGUCGCCUUACCACCAUCAGCACCUGUUCACUGAGAUCGAUGAGCUAUCAGCGCGCCUUCGUCAAGCUGCGAGCGAUGGAACUUCCUCUUGGAUUUCCAAGCCAAGUAUGGAGAAAGUUUCUGGGUCCAUGUGGGCUCGCUUCAAUAGCUUCGUCGUCGGCGACGAAAAUGAUGCAGCUUCAACAGGCUCUGGUCGGGCAGGUGAGGCUUCUGACUUUGGGCCAUUUGCCCAUGUGGCCGGGACGCCUACUGUGAGCCGAUCCCCGUCUGUGUCAGAUCUAUAUGGCUCAUACCCUGGCGCUGGAGCGCAAGGUAUCCCUCCCGCCGCAAUUCCUGCUGCCAACUCUUCAAGAUAUCUUCCAACGAACCAGUAUGCGUCCAAUGGCUCGCCGGAGCAGUCGCGUGGCCGGUCCUCGAUGGAUUCCCAGCGGUCUGCUUCUGGUGGCCUGUCCUUCGGACAGCGCAGACUCUCGCAGGAACCUGAAACCCCAGUGGACUCUAUGUUCCCCGGUGCACCCAUGUAUGGAUCGCCAGGCAAUGCCGCCUACCAGGCCACGCCGCCUCAUCCAUCUUACAUGCCUCUUGCUCCAGUGAAGGAGGAUUCCACUCAAUCACCGGCUGAUGCUACUCAAACUCCAGUCAAUGGUUUGUUUUACCAGCCUCCUCCACAAGACAAUGGGUCCGCUGGCCAGUCGCCCUAUUACCAAGGCCCACCCGGUAUGCCACAGGCUGAAAACUCCGGUUAUAUGCCCCCAGCUGCUCCCAAUUCUUAUGAGCCUCCUUCUUACGCCCCAGUGAUGAGUCUUGCCCCCGAGGAAAUUGAUCCUGAGCAAGAGCAAGAGGAGGCGCCAAAACCCAAGAAGUCAUUCAUGGAUGGAGAUGACGAAGAUGAUCUUGUCGCUCGUGUAGCAAACUUGAAGUUAUCUCAAAAGGAAGAAAAUGAUCGCAAGGCAGAUGAGGCAUUCCGAAAGGCGGCCGAAGAGGAUGCCAAACGCGGUGACCAGCAGGCGCAGAAGAAGGGUUGGUUCGGUGGUUGGUUCGGUGGAGCUGCCAAAAAGGAGGCUGAUAACGCGGGCGGCGGUCCUAUCAGGGCGAAACUCGGCGAGGAAAGCUCCUUCUACUAUGAUAAUGACCUAAAGAAAUGGGUCAACAAGAAGGACCCGAACUCCAGUGCUGCUGUUCGCGCCACGCCCCCGCCUCCGCGAAGCUCUGCACCUCCCAGCCGAGCCAGCUCUGGCAGCAUGCCUCCUCCUCCAGCGCCAAUGUCCGUCGCCUCCAGCAGUCGACCUCAAUCGUCCUCUAGUGACGUUCAAAACCUCUCGUCAAGCCCUGCGUUCCCAGGACUCUCUGUUCCUCCGCCUUUGCCACGAUCAGUUUCUACCAGCGGAGCUAUGUCGUCAACCCCUCCCAGACCUACCUCCUCCCUCAGUCAUGCCCAAUCCAUUGAUGAUCUUUUGGGGGCUCCCACGGCUCGUAAAGGUGGUAACAAUCCUCGUGGCAGGAAGAAGGGUCGGUACGUUGACGUCAUGGCACAAUGA